AUGCUCCCGCUGCUCCUCCUGCUCCUGGUGACAGCCCACAGCCUGGCAGACAAGCCGUACGUGCCGACCCUGGCCACGUCCCCCCUGGGGGGCCUGAAGACCACCUCCACCUUCGUGCUGGAGCAGCCCCGCUGCGCCUUCACCAAGGUGCAAAGCGACGCCGUCAUCUGGCUGGUGGUGGCCAUCCCCAAGGCCAUAGACAACUUCAGCAACAGCGUGGCGCCGGGGACCCCCGAGCGGGCCUUCCAGGGCUUCCCCGCCAGCACCCCCGCCUACAUGACCCUCAACACCACCCUCCUCAACUACCCCUGCCCCAAACCCCCCGGGGAAAUCACCGUGCUGCGUGUCGGCAGCGAGACCAGCUGCGCCACAGACAAGACGAGACCCACCUGCAACGGCCCCCUGCCCGGCCCCGGGCCAUACCGGUGA